GAUUGGGCCCGCUGGGAGGCCCCUCCCGCCGGGCCCCGCCGCCGCCGCGCCGCGCCCGCUCCCCAAAUACACCUUGGCGGCGCCGGGGAGCGGUAGCGGCGCUUGCCCAGAGCCCCUCGGCGGGGAUGCGGCCGCGGGCACCCCGCGCCAUGGGGCACAGAUUUUUUUCCUGUGGUGAUUUAUAGCUACCAGUAACCUUCCACAGCGGUUGCCGUAUCAACUUACUAUUCUGACAUCUUCUGCUCUUGUUAGUAAGCAGAAGAGAACUAUUAAACACAGAGCAAAGUACUCCUAAUCUCAAGAGAGAGACUUUGUACAGUAUGUUCUGUACAAAACUGAAAGACUUGAAGAUCACAGGAGAAUGUCCUUUCUCCUUACUGACUCAAGGUCAUAUUACUGAAGAACAUGACAAGGACUGCACAGAAAACAGCUCUAGAGCAGCUUUGCCCAUCUGCAAAGAAGUCCAUGAGAAAGAUGGUCAAGGAAACCUUCCACAAAGGAAAACAAGCAGAAGUAGAGUGUACCUGCACACACUAACUGAAAGCAUCUGCAAACUAAUCUUUCCUGAGUUUGAAAGGCUAAAUCUUGCACUGCAGAGAACACUUGCAAAGCACAGAAUGAAAGAAACCAGAAAAACUGGUGAUAGAGAAGAUUUUGAAAAAAUAAUCAGUGAUCAUGCUAAUGCAGCAGGUGUUCCCAUGGAAUCUCUACGGGAAUCUCUUGGUGAAGAGCUAUUCAAAAUAUGCUAUGAAGAGGAUGAACACAUAUUAGGGGUUAUUGGAGGCACCCUUAAGGACUUCUUGAAUAGUUUCACUACUCUGCUGAAGCAGAGUGGCCACAGCCAAGAAGCAGGAAAAAAGGACAGACUUGAAGAUGCCUCCAUAUUAUGCCUGGAGAAAGAUCAGGAUUUCUUAAAUGUUUAUUAUUUCUUUCCUAAGAAAAUCACAAGUCUUAUUCUACCUGGUAUCAUUAAAGCAGCAGCUCAUAUUUUGUAUGAAACUGAGGUGGAAGUGAUGCUCAUGCCUCCUUGUUUCCAUAAUGACUGCACUGAGUUUGCUAAUCAGCCUUAUUUACUGUAUUCUAUACAAGUCAAAAGUGCAAAACCUUCCUUAUCUCCAUGUAAACCACAGUCUUCACUUGUGAUUCCUGCCUCUGUGUUCUGUAAGACUUUCCCAUUUCAUUUUAUGUUUGACAAGGAUAUGUCAGUUCUUCAAGUUGGAAAUGGAAUAAGAAGACUUUUGACCAGGAGAGAAUUUCAAGCUAAGCCAAAUUUUGAAGAGUAUUUUGAAAUUCUUACCCCCAAAGUAAGCUGUACUUUUAGUGGUAUAAUGACAAUGCUAAAUAUGCAGUUUACUGUACGAGUUAGAAGAUGGGAUAAUACUGAUAUGAAACCAUCCAUGGUAAUGGAUCUUAAAGGCCAAAUGAUCUAUAUUUUUGAAUCCAGUGCCAUUCUGUUCUUGGGAUCUCCCUGUGUGGACAGACUAGAAGACUUUACAGGACGUGGAUUAUACCUCUCUGAUAUUCCCAUUCACAAUGCUUUAAGAGAUGUUGUUCUGAUAGGAGAGCAGGCCAGAGCCCAGGAUGGACUGAAGAAGAGGUUAGGAAAGCUAAAAGCAACCCUUGAGCAGGCCCAUCAAGCACUUGAAGAAGAGAAGAAGAAGACUGUAGAUCUUCUGUUUUCAAUUUUUCCUGGAGAAGUUGCUCAGCAGCUGUGGCAGGGACAAGUUGUACAAGCCAAGAAAUUUAGUAAUGUCACAAUGCUUUUUUCUGACAUUGUUGGAUUCACUGCCAUCUGUUCCCAAUGCUCACCUAUGCAGGUUAUCACCAUGCUUAAUGAGCUUUAUACUCGCUUUGAUUACCAAUGUGGAGAGCUAGAUGUCUACAAGGUUGAGACUAUUGGAGAUGCCUACUGUGUUGCUGGAGGCUUACACAAAGAAAGUGAAACACAUGCUGUUCAAAUAGCAUUGAUGGCCCUGAAGAUGAUGGAACUGUCAGACGAGGUGGUGUCUCCCCAUGGAGAGCCUAUCAAGAUGCGUAUUGGCCUUCAUUCUGGAUCCGUCUUUGCUGGAGUUGUUGGGGUUAAAAUGCCUCGUUAUUGCCUUUUUGGAAAUAAUGUAACCCUAGCCAAUAAGUUUGAAUCGUGCAGUAUACCUAGAAAAAUAAAUGUCAGCCCAACAACCUACAGGUUGUUGAAGGAAUACCCAGGUUUUGUGUUCACACCACGCUCAAGAGAGGAGCUUCCCCCAAAUUUUCCGAGUGAUAUCCCUGGAAUUUGCUAUUUUCUGGAUGCUUAUAUUCAAGGAACAAACUCACAGACUUGGUUUCAAAAGAGAGAUUUGGGAGAUGGCAAUGCCAAUUUUUUUGGUGAGGAAACAGGAGUAGACUAAAUAGUACAUUCACAAAUGUAUAGAAUAAAUUUAUAAAUAUUUGGAUUUUUUUUUU